UUGUGGUUUGGGUUUGAGAAACUGAUUUGGGGUUUAGGAAGAAAGUCGCUCUCUUUCACUCACUUCCUCCUCAUCUCUCUCUUUCAUUCACUCUCUUCUUGUCCCUCCCUCACCCUCGCCGCUCACCCCAAUCCUUACUCUCGUCAGACGCCAGUCAACCACCGUUCUUGGCUGUCUUCAGUUGCCAAUCCCACUCGCCAUUCGGUGGUCGCUUUCUGCUUAACUUUUUUGACCCCAUUCUCACCAGACGUCACACGCCAGUCAACUGUCAUCAUCCGGCCGUCACUUAACAGCCACCACCACAACACAUGUUCAUCUUCUUAAGACCUAAGUAUCAAUGGUUUAGGAAGAAAGUUUGUGUUCAUGUCAGGGCUUCAAAGAAAAAGUUUGGAUUCCUUGAAAAGCACAAGGAUUAUGUUAUUCGUGCUAGAGAAUACCACAAAAAGGAGGAGACAUUACGGAUACUCAAAGAGAAGGCUGCUAAUAGGAACCCUGAUGAAUUCUAUUUUGGCAUGAUCAGAACCAAAACAAUUAAUGGAGUACAUAGACCUGAGAGCGAGGCAAACAAAUAUACACCAGAAGAACUUUCAUUGAUGAAGACACAAGACAUUGGAUAUGUGCUUCAGAAACUACAAAUUGAAAAGAAGAAAGUUGAAAAGCUUAGAGCUACGCUACACAAUUUAGAUAAUCAGCCAUCAAACAGACACAUUUACUUUGCAGAAGACAGGUUUGAAGAGGCGAAUGAAUUACUAUCAAAGUCCCCACAGAACAAAGAGCCUAACACAUUAGGAUCUAUACCUGUCGCUAUCAAGAGAAAGAUGAAUGCUUCCUACAAGGAGCUCGAGGCUAGAAUGAAAAGAGUUGAAGAUUUGAAGAGAGUCCAUGCAGAGAUGACCUUGCAGAAAGAACUACAGAAGAAGGGUAGGAAACGCAAGUUACGUGAAGAUGAGAUUGUUUGCCCCACAUCGAAGCCAGUAUACAAGUGGCGAGCAAAACGUAAGCGAUGAAUAGACUAAUCAUCUGUGUCAGGACAGAGAACAUUCUGAAUGCACGUAGAGUAACACAAUCUUCUCUUGUUGGAUCAACGGGAAAGUGAGACAAUAUCCUUAGUGAACUUAUCUUACUCAUGUUGGCGAGAUGUAUUCUAGACAAGUUUUGAUGGAUUCGUGCUUUGAUCUUGCUAUUUUAAUGAGUAGCAUAAGUGAUCUCUUGUUGGGCGAUGUCCUGUACUUUGGCUAGCGGUGGCUUAAUAUGAAUUUGGCAAGACACACUGUUAAGUUUGAUGUUAGUAGUUUGCAUAAAUUAGAGCCUAUGGAAAAAUAACGUUUGUGAGAAGAUAAGUUUAAAAUUAUUUAUUAAGUAUUGUAAUUCGAUA